AUGGGCUUGAUGCCGGAGACUUCGGAUGUUGCCCCGAUGACCAGGUGCAAGGCCGAUGCGUUUGGCGUGCAUUGUGUGAUGCUCUUCCGACCUUGGACCUACGAGCAGAGCUUAAUUGAGAUCCAAUACCGGAAGAAGGCGGGAAUCUUCCAAUGCGACAGCUAUGCCCUCUACAGCAACGAGGUCAUCGAGCUGUUCCCAGGGGUGGUCUCGCGACGCAUCCACAGUCCCCUGAUGUGUGAGAUCGGCGGACAGUUUAUCACUGCUUUGAACCUGGGGAUCUUCCUCACCUUCUACAGGCAGGUGAUCCUGGACGCCGACUUCAUGGACAGUGCCUGGGUCAUCAAGGUGGAUCCCGAUACCGUCUGGAACCCUCAACGCUUGCGGCCCUUGCUCGAUGGGCUCAGCUGGGGCUUGGAUGGCGAUGGCAUCUACUUGAACAACUGCGAACUCGGCUUUCACGGCCCCAUCGAGAUCUUUUCCACCCGGUCCUUCUUGGCCCUAGGCCAUCAUGCGAAGGAGUGCGCGAAAGCUAUGGACGGCAAGACCUGCAUCGACCACUGUGAUGGAGUCUGGAAUCAAGUGGAAGUGUGCAACGGCCGCUGUACCGACUGGUGGGGGGAGGACAUUUGGGCAGAUCAGUGCUUGAGCCGCUUCACUCAGGCCAAGCGCGUGAUGGUGAAGACCCUCUUGCAGGAAGACCAUUGCAAGCCGCACAUCUCCGAUUGGAGGUCUUGCAGCAAUCCAGAGGUCGUGGCGUUUCAUCCCUUCAAGGAGCCUUGGCAAUUUGAGCGAUGUCUCGAUGCCGUUUCCGGGAGCUACUAA